AUGAUGGAUGGUUUAAGUUAUGAUGAGAAGCUGUAUUCUGGAUCAUCGACUCCAGUGAUGAAAGCAAUUAAAGAAGAAGAUAUAUCAGCUUCUCCUGAAAAAUUAUAUAAUACACCACCAUCUAAAGAUCCUAAUAAGUCAUUCACAUCGAUUAACGAGGAUAUUCCUGUUCAACCGAGGCCACUUUUCACAUCGCCUACAUACUCUAGGCCAAACUCAGCCUUUUACGCAUCCAAAGAGGGGAAUAACUCAAGUUCUAGUAUAAUAUACAAUCCAACAUUUACAUUUGGAGAUACUGAAACAGCUGGUUCUGUAGCAAUAUCAGCAUCCGAAACACCAAAAAAUGGCAAUAUAUUCAAUCCUGGGACCGUAACGCCGCCACGUCAGCCAUGUUCACCUGCAACCUUAGGGGAAGAGCGAAGACAAUCAUUAAAGUAUAUACCAAAUCCACAAUUAGCUCCUCCAACAUCUAGGUCAAGAUCUCCUGUCAGAUCUCAUUCUCCAGACCAUACUAGCACUAGAAAUAAAAGAAGCUCAUUAAUAUUCGAAACGCCGUUUACUUUAGGUUCGGCAGGUACUACUAACCAAAACACACCACCAUCUUCAGCAACUAGGACAUCAUUUCGUAAAGGUCAUAGGUACAAGCAUUCCUCGGUAUCUAUGAAUUUCUUUCAAGAACCUGAAAUUAAAAUUCCAUUGAAUAUAGCUAAAUCGUUACCAAUUCCAGAUUUCCAUGAUUUGAUGCAAAACCUUGUUUGGCCAAAAGCCCAUUUUCAAUUUCUUUUGACAAUACUUCAAAUAAUACUUUGCUUGGCAAUAUUUCAAUUAGGUCACUCUAAAGAAUGGACUAAUUUUACGACUCUAUCACAUUUCAUUACAUAUGAUAUUCUUGGUUCAGUUGCUAUAAUUUUAGUGGAAAAUCUAUCUCAGUUUGAGGUAUGGUCAACAGGAACAUUAACCUUUCCAUUAGGCUUAAAUAGAAUUGAUGUUCUUAUAAGUUUUGCAUUGGCUGUAUCAUUAUGUUUUGUUGGACUAGAUCUAUUAUUCCAUAUUGCUGAAGAAUUUAUCGUGUCAUUGGUUGAGUCUAAUAAUCAUGAAGAAAUAGCAACUAAUAUCCCACACUCUCACCACUCCAAGUCUGGUUCUACAUUAUCUCUAUUUUCAAGUCCGAAUGAUUUUAAAUUAUGGUACGUUACGUUAUUCAUUAACCUGAUAUUGUCCAGUUUGACAUUGUACAAAAUCUUUUAUACUAAUAAAAACUCUAGAUUGAAAACGAAAAAUCCAAUUAUUACGAUCACCUAUACGAUAUAUUUGUUUUUUUAUCCAAUUUUCAAUACAUUAUCAGGUGCAUGCGAUUAUAUCAGUAUAUUUGUAUUAGCAAUUUUUAUUUUGGCUCAUGGACUGACAAUUGCUCAAUGGACCUCAACAAUUAUAUUAAUGGGAUUUUCUACUACUGCCUUACCUGCAUCUACUCUAUUGCAUGAUCCUAGAAAUGAUAAGAUAAAACAUGAACAGGAAUCUGAACAAAAAAUUACUACUAUUGUUAGAAAUAAAUCGAUUAAUAGUUUACCUGUGGCCAUUAAAAAAAAGAGUAAGACUGGCCAAUUAUCUAACUUAAAAUUAAAUAAUAGUAAUAAUAAUAAUAUCAGCACUACAGGUAGAUUUUCAUCAUUUUCGUUUUGGAGAAAGCAACUCUCAAGCAAUGAAGAAUGUUCUAUCUUAAAAUCUGUAUUAAAGGACCAAAUUGAAAGCAUCCAAGAUUUUCAAAACAAAUGUUAUAUUGAUUACGACAGAAUGAUGAUAUGCAAAGUUAAUUUUGAUUUAUAUAUUGUGUUGAUCAAGCUAGCAUUAAGUGGUGGCUCAAAUGAAGAUGAAUUAAAAUUAAGAUUAGCAAUCGAAAAAUUAAUUAAUAAGCUGCUGACACUUCUGAGACAACAAUAG